AUGGAGGACAGACCUCCCAAGGACGCUCACCAGUCCCUUCCUGAGCAACCGCUGCAGCCAAUUGACGAACAAGACAGCAUCUCAAGUUCUUCGUCGUGCACGGAAAGCGAAGAAAAAGUGCCCACAAGAGAGACACAAGAUGACAGCCAAACGCCCCAGUCGUCCAAACAGAAACAGCCUGAAUUAAAAUUGCAGAAUGAACAAUGCCCCCGAAUUCUUCGCAUGGCCAUCCUUCAACACCUCUUCAGGAGCAUCCUCAAACACCACUCUCUGUCAGGGCCGCCGUGA